AUGAUAACAAAAGUGAGAAUCGGCAAAGUACGCUUCUUUCAACGGCAUACUUGGUGCUGCUGUCGGUACACUAGAUUGCGGCGCGGCCCGGUUAUAUCCGCGUACACCCCCCCAAACCACGCGCUGCGGAAACGGAAAGCCAAACAACCCCCAGUCUGCGGCGAGAUAAGCGCUAGAAGACCGCCGCGUGGCCAAGCACGACCGCCGCCGUCCCGCUACGUUACCCCACCUCGCCCCUAG